GUCAUCUCUUAUCUAAACAAAAAGACUUCAAGCUCUCUAGCUACAAGUAUAUUUCCUUCUUUAAAUCGCUAUCUAAACACUCUUUUAACAUUAUUAUACCAAUGGAGAACCUACAGAAGAUGAUCUCUGAGAAGUCGGUAGUGAUCUUUAGCAAGAACUCGUGUUGCAUGUCUCACACAGUCAAGACUCUCUUCUUAGACUUUGGUGUGAACCCUACGAUCUAUGAGCUCGAUGAAAUGAACAGAGGGAAGGAAAUAGAACAAGCAUUGGCUCAGCUCGGCUGCAGCCCGACCGUACCGGUCGUGUUCAUAGGAGGGCAGCUCGUUGGUGGAGCCAAUCAAGUCAUGAGUCUUCAUCUCAACCGCUCUCUUGUUCCAAUGCUUAAGCGCGCUGGAGCAUUAUGGCUUUAGCUUCAAGAAAUAAAAUGGGAUUGCCAAAUUAUAAUGUACCGAAGCAUCUAAUUAUAUAGUGGAAAAAAGCAUACAAAAGAAUGUAUGUGUGAGUUUAUAAUGCUAUGUCUGUAUAAGUUUUGAAAAGAUAGAUUAUGCAGUUACCUAUUUUGUAAACUGUGGGUCUAUUUUACCAUAAUAUAUAUAUAUCAGCUACCGUUGGA